UACACGUGAGCUGCAGGAUGGCAGCCCACCGCUCUGGUCCGCUCAAACAGCAGAAUAAAGCUCAUAAAGGCGGGCGGCAUCGAGGUCGUGGAUCCGCGCAGCGGGAUGGCAAGGGUCGUCUAGCACUGAAAAGCCUAAGUAAGAAGGUGAGAAAGGAGCUCAGCAGAGUAGACCAGAGGCACCGCGCCAGCCAGCUCCGAAAGCAGAAGAAGGAGGCGGUUCUGGCAGAGAAGAGACAGCUGGGCAGCAAGGAUGGCCCUCCUCAUCAGGUACUCGUGGUUCCCCUGCACAACAGGAUUUCUCUGCCAGAGGCGUUUCAGCUGCUUCAGAAUAGGGACACUGGAACAGUACACUUGAAUGAAUGGGGAAGCACCCACAGCUUUAUGCUGUUAUGCCCCGUCUUGAAACAUCGAUGGUUUUUCACAUCUGCCAGGCCAGGGGAUCUGCACACUGUACUAGACUUGGCUAAAGUGGCCGAUACCAUCCUGUUUCUUCUUGAUCCACUAGAAGGCUGGGAUAGUACUGGGGAUUAUUGCCUUUCCUGCCUCUUUGCCCAGGGCCUUCCCACCUAUACACUAGCAAUCCAGGGGAUUUCUGGCCUCCCACCAAAGAAACAAAUUGAUGCCAGAAAGAAGCUAAGUAAAGUUGUAGAGAAGCGCUUUCCAGAUGACAGACUCCUUUUGUUAGACACUCAGCAGGAGGCAGGAAUGCUGCUCAGGCAGUUGGCUAACCAAAAGCAACGGCAUCUUGCUUUUCGAGAUCGGCGGGCCUACCUAUUUGCUCAUGAUGCUGACUUUGUGCCUAAUGAAGAGAAUAACUUGGUGGGGACCUUGAAAAUCUCAGGCUAUGUUCGUGGACAAGCUAUGGAUGUAAAUAGCUUGCUGCAUAUCAUUGGACAUGGUGAUUUCCAGAUGAAACAGAUAGAUGCCCCCAUGGACCCUUUCCCUUUAAAUCCUAGAGUGAUCAAAUACCAAAAGAACCCAGGCGUGGCAAUGGAGAUUUGUACUACAGAUGCUGUAGCUGAUAUGGAGGAAGACCUUAAAGUCUUAAUGAAAGCAGACCCUGACAGACAAGAAUCUUUGCAAACAGAGGUUAUCCCAGAUCCAAUGGAGGGGGAGCAAACCUGGCCCACUGAGGAGGAACUGAGUGAGGCAAAUGAUGUCUUGAAGGAAAAUUCCAAGGUGGUAAAGAAGGUUCCCAAAGGAACAUCCAGUUACCAAGCUGAAUGGAUUUUGGAUGAGGAUGGUGAAAAUAGUACAGAAAGAGAUGAAUAUGAUGAUUUAGAGCAUGAGAAUUUCAUGGAAGAGGAAUCUCAGGAUGAGAGUAGUGAAGAGGAGGAAGAGGAGGAAUGUGAAACUAUGACAAUAGGAGAGUCUGUGCGUGAUGAUCUGUAUGAUGAGAAAGUGGAUGAAGAGGCUGAGGAAGAAAUGCUGGAGAAAUAUAAACAAGAAAGACUGGAAGAGAUGUUUCCAGAUGAAGUAGAUACGCCCCGUGAUGUAGCUGCUAGAAUUCGAUUUCAGAAAUACAGAGGCCUUAAAAGCUUCCGCACAUCUCCAUGGGACCCUAAGGAAAACCUUCCUCGAGAUUAUGCUCGGAUUUUUCAGUUUCAGAACUUUACUAAUACUAGGAGACGCGUCUUUAAAGGAAUUGAGGAAAAAGAAGCUGAAGGAGCUGAGGUUGGCUGGUAUGUCACACUCCAUGUCUCUGAAGUACCUGUCUCUGUGCUUGAGUACUUCAAACGAGGAGCACCCUUGAUCGCGUUUUCUUUACUGCCUCAUGAACAGAAGAUGUCAGUACUGAAUAUGGUAGUAAGUCGGCAUCCUGGCAACACUGAACCUAUAAAAGCUAAAGAGGAGUUGAUCUUCCACUGUGGGUUCAGGCGCUUCCAAGCCUCCCCUUUAUUUUCUCAGCACACUGCAGCGGAUAAACAUAAAUUUCAGAGAUUCUUGACUGCUGACAUGGCCCUGGUGGUGACAGUGUAUGCCCCCAUCACUUUUCCUCCCGCAUCUGUGCUGCUUUUCAAACAGAACAGCAAUGGAAUGCACAGCCUCAUUGCCACAGGCCACCUAUUGUCUGUAGAUCCAGAUAGGAUGGUCAUCAAGAGAGUUGUUCUGAGUGGUCAUCCUUUCAAAAUUUUCACUAAGAUGGCAGUGGUGCGUUACAUGUUCUUCAACAGAGAGGAUGUGCUGUGGUUUAAACCGGUGGAACUGAGGACAAAGUGGGGCCGCAGGGGACACAUCAAGGAGCCUAUAGGUACUCAUGGCCAUAUGAAGUGCAGUUUUGAUGGGAAGCUAAAAUCUCAGGACACAGUACUGAUGAACCUCUAUAAACGAGUUUUUCCCAAAUGGACUUAUGAUCCAUAUGUACCAGAACCAGUACCUUGGGUGAAAAGUGAGAUUUCUUCAAAAGUGCCAGAAGUGGACAUGGAGUAAUGGAUUCGGUGGGAUUCUGUCUCAUUGUUACUAGUUAGCAACCUAGGGAGGGAACCUACAGGUUGUAAUUGGGCAAAGUUUGUGUCUACUUUAGCCUAGAAGUCUGCUGUCCCUUUUUGCAAAAGGUUUUUCUUUGCCUUGAUAAGGUGUCUCAGAUAAGUAUGGAUGUUUUUUGAUUGCUACUUCAUCCAAAAAAACUAUUAAAUCUUACUGAAAUACACACUCUCCAUUAGGAUUUUGAAAGCUCUCUAAGAUGGGAAGUUAAUUGUGACUAGGAAACAAAAUUAACAAGUGUCUGGAGACACUGAACCCCAUUUCUUCCUUAUGAAUAAACUAAACAAAAACAGAUUGAUAAGGAGUUGGCCUUUCAGCCUGCUUCAUCCAGGUUACGGAGGUUAAGUCUACAUUUCCACCACUGAGCACAACACAAAUGUUCCUUACUUCUGGGGAAAUCGUUUGAAAAUGCUGAGACAGAACAGCAGCCACUCCAACACCAGCUGUAGGUUCAAUAAGCAAUUUCAUCCUCUCCCACACCAGUUGGGUUGCAUACUGUUGGUAGAGAAGGGAGUAAGAAUUAGUGAAAUGGGGGGAGGAAAGCCUAGUUGCUGGGCCUUUUCAAUUAAAGCCUAAUUAGUACAUGUAUGUACAUAUGUACAUAUAUACAUACAUGCUUGCCAAUGAAGAGCUGUGCUUUUUCAUUCUAACUCUGCUACUGUUGAGGGCUCUCCCAAUAUCUCAGGUACCCUCCCCCAUGUCAUGAGUCAAGUCCCCAGUGGAUGAGUUGCUACUUAUAAGAAGUAUCUUUUGGUUAAAAAGUUAUUACAUUAUUUUGUUAACUUUCUUUCCUGUUGGCGCCUUACCUUGAUUUCAUCCUCUCUGACAGUGAAGACUUCGUCCACGAGGUCCCUUAUAAUAGGCCAGGUAUUUAAGCCAAUGCUGGAUUUGACACCAUCUGCUAUGGUUUCUGGAGGAUAGGGGUUGGGGGUCAGUUCCCCUUUCAGUUUGGAUUGGUAGCAGUCAUCUGCAUUCAAGGGUUCAGCAGCAUAUACCUUCACACUAGGUCUCAGAGCCUGGGAAGAGGAAUAUUAGACAUGUCACCAUCAGCCACGUGUUUUGCCUGCAUGCCUGCAGUAAAAGAGGCAGUACAGGUAACACAUUUCUAACCAGGCAAGAGCCUUCUCUGUGAUAUGUAAUGAAAAAUUACUUUAAAGCACUUAAAAUUGUGUGCCUAAUAAUGGCCUUCAUUUGCCUAGGUCACAUGUGGUUCUAUUGGUAACUUGGGAAAACAGCCCCUGGCGUGAACAGAAGGUUGGUGAGAAGGAAUUGAGGGAAAGGACUGAUAGGGUGCUACUCAUUGUAAUUGCUUUUGUGCUGUAAAGUCUCAGAUUAAGAAAAAUCAGAUAGUGUGGUAGAGAAGAGUCUUCAAUCUCAAGUGCUAAGAAAUGAUGGGAAGGAACAGCAAUUCAGGGGAAAUGUUAAGCAAGUGCCACAUUAUACUAUGAUGGGAAAUAAAACCCUCUGUGCCUAAA